AUGUACACACUACUACAUGGGUUUUAUAAAUAUGUUGUUCAAAAAGACGAGUAUUGUGUGUUAAUAUUAGGUCUCGAUAAUGCAGGGAAAACGACAUAUUUGGAGGCCGCUAAAACUAAAUUUACUAAAAAAUAUAUAGGUAUGAACCCUAAUAGGAUAACUACAACUGUUGGCCUUAAUAUAGGAAAGAUAGAUGUGGAUGGAAUAAGACUUAACUUUUGGGAUCUAGGUGGACAACAGGAACUACAAUCCUUGUGGGACAAAUAUUAUGCUGAAUGUCAUUCUGUUAUAUACAUUGUUGAUUCAUCUGAUCGAGAGCGAGUAUCUGAGUCAAAAGAAACAUUUGAUAGAAUGAUAGCAUCAGAACAUUUAACUGGUGUGCCACUGUUGGUGCUAGCUAAUAAACAAGAUAUUCCAGACUGUAUGGGUGUUCACACAGUGAAACCUAUAUUUAACCAAAACGCUCAUCUCAUUGGAGCAAGAGACAUUAUGCUUAUGGCUACAUCAGCAUUGACUGGUGACGGUGUGGACGAGGGCAUUAGAUGGCUCGUCGAUUGUAUAAAGAGGAACAACGUAGAUCGACCGCCGCGAAACCACGAAGACAACCUAUAG